GGCGGGCCCGGGGCGGUCCCGGGGCUCUCCCGGCUCGUCCCCGUCACAUGAUCCGGAGCCCUCGGGAAGGGCGGCGCACGGGCGGGCCAUGGCGAUCGAGGGCGGGAUGAAAUGCGUGAAGUUCUUGGUUUUCUUCUUCAACUUCAUCUUCUGGGUGUGCGGCGUGGCCCUGAUCGCCAUCGGCAUCUACGUGCUGCUGGGCCUGGGCCGGGCCCCGGUGGGCGGCGCGGGCUGGACCCCCGCGGCCGUGCUGGUGCUGGGGGUCGUCAUCUUCUUCACCUCCUUCUUCGGCUGCUGCGGCGCCUGGAGGGAGAGCUACUGCAUGGUCACCACGUUCGCCGUCCUGCUCAGCCUCAUCUUCCUGGUGGAGAUCGCCGCCGCCAUCACCGGCUACGUCUUCAAGCACAAGGUGCACGGGCUGGUGGAGGAGGGGCUCUGGGAGGCCGUGAGAAGCUACGACAAGGACCCGUCGCUGACCGCCGCCCUGGACGCCUUCCAGCAGGAGUUCUCGUGCUGUGGGGUGGAUAACUACACGGACUGGGCCAGCCUGGAGCAGUUCAGGGCCAACGACUCCGUGCCCAGCUCCUGCUGCCGCCAGCCCAGCCCGGGCUGCAACGUCCGGCCCAGCCCGGCCACCGUCUUCACCAGGGUGAGACCCCUCCCCAAUUCCUCACCCUGACCCUCCAGGGGG